AUGUCAAACAAUAGAAGUAUUGUAUAGUAAAAUAUAUUAGAUUAUUCACCAUCAAGAGAAAGAGUAGCAAAAAUAAGUUCUUAAUUAAGUUAAAUGGAUUUAACAAUAGAAGGAGAGAGAGUAAUAUAUAAUUAUUAAUAUUUAGNAAGGAGAAUUUAAAGAUAGUUUGAAGCAUGGUUUUGGUGAAGAACUAUUUGCUAAUGGUGACAGAUAUGUUGGAAUGUAUUAAAAUGGAAAACCUGAAGGAGAUGGAGAAUACUUUUAUUCAAGCGGUGCAUAUUUUCAUGGAAAAUUUAAAAAUGGUCUUAAAACUGGUUAUGGAGAAUAUAGAUGCUCAACUUACUCAUAUAAGGGAUAUUAUAUGAACGACAAAAAACAUGGAGAAGGUGAAUUAAUUUACUCAGAUGGAACUCGAAAAAAGGGAAAAUUCUUUAAUGAUUUCUAUGAAAAAACUGUUCUACGAUAAUUAAGUGUCCCAAAUAAUACUUAACCAAAUGAUACUCCUCCUAAAAAUUAUUAAGAAAUAAUGAGGGCUUGCUUAAAACCUCCUUCUUAUUUAUCCUCUACUAAACCUAACACUUAAAAAAAAUAAACUUCUCCUCUUAACAAAACUGUUAUCAUCUAAAGAAAUCGUCUUGAUUUCAAUUCUUCAGAAAAGCCCUAAAAGCAUUUGCAAAUCCAAACAGGGAGAUAAAAUUCUAAGAGAGAAUUUUAAGAAAAGGAUAUCAAUCUUAAAUAAUAAGACAAAAUUGUUUAAUAGAAAAAGAUUUCAAUAAAUGUACAUAGCAAUAAAUCUUCCCCAAAAAACUAAGUACAUUAAUAAACUAUAUACAAAUAACCUUGCCGAUAGCCAUAAGAAUAUUCAUUUAAAUUCGAUACUACUAAAACAAGUUUUGUUACCAAAACAGGAUUGAAAGGAAAAUAAAGCUUUAAAUAGCGAAGUUACUCAAAAUAUGAUUGA